AUGAGUGAACUAGUGAAGAGUUUACCGUCCCCUACUCUUUCAGGGGUUCCGUCCCCUGGAUCGGACACCUACAAAGGUUAUCUCUUUAAAUGGACCAACUACUUGAAGGGCUACCAACGUCGUUGGUUCGUCCUUAGCAACGGCCUUCUUUCAUAUUACAGGACACAGGCAGAAAUGGCACACACCUGCCGGGGCACCAUCACCCUUGCCACAGCACACAUCGAAGUGGGAGACACUUGCCACUUGGUGUUAACCAGCGGAGGACGCAGCUACCACCUGAAGGCCACGUCAGAUGUGGAGUGUCAGCACUGGGUCUCUACCCUCCAGCAGGCCAAGGCCAAUGCCACCCACCUGAUGCAUCAUUCAGAUGACUCAGGAGACGAGGGUCCCGUGCCUCAGCAGGACCGAAACCUGACCCAGGGGGCCCUCAACACCCUGGCCAGUAAACUGGACGACCUCAACACCUGCAACGAGCUCAUUGGCAAGCACGGUGCUGCUCUGCAGCGCUCCCUCAGCGAGCUUGAGGACCUGCGUGGCCCCAGCGAUGGCACCGACAAACUCAAGACUGUCAACGAACGUGCCACGCUCUUCCGAAUCACCUCCAAUGCUAUGAUCAAUGCAUGUCGUGACUUCCUGGACGUAGCAGAGACACACAGCCGUAGGUGGCAGAGGGCCCUGCAGUAUGAAAGAGAACAGCGCCACCAUCUGGAGGAGACGAUCGAGCAGCUAGCCAAGCAACACAACAGUCUGGAGAGAGCCUGGAGAGAGGCUCCCAGCGAACACACAGCUGAGGGAGCUGGGAGCAAUCAGGAGAUGGAUGACAGUGACGAGAAUGAAGACACAGAGUUCUUUGAUGCCAUGGAGGACUCUCCCUCCUUUAUCACAGUGACGGCCACUAACCACUCCCAGCACAAGCGUUCAGGCAGUAACCAGAGUAUGAUGAGUGGAGGGGUUCCUACUGAAUGGAGCCACGAUGACAAUGACUCGUCAGGUUCUAACCACCUGCAGCUGUGUAGGACCCGACGCAGCCGCAUCCCAGAUAAACCAAACUAUUCCCUCAACCUGUGGAGCAUCAUGAAGAACUGCAUUGGCAAGGAGCUGUCCAAGAUCCCCAUGCCUGUCAAUUUCAGUGAGCCGCUUUCGAUGUUGCAGCGACUGACUGAGGACCUGGAGUAUAGUGAGAUUUUGGACAGGGCAGCUCGCUGCGAUUCUUCUUUGGACCAGAUGUGUCUGGUGGCGGCCUUUUCUGUUUCCUCCUACUCCACCACUGUCCACCGCACCGCAAAGCCCUUCAACCCCCUGCUGGGGGAGACCUAUGAGCUGGACCGCCUUGAUGAAUAUGGCUAUCGCUCCAUCUGUGAACAGGUAAGCCACCACCCCCCAGCUGCUGCCCACCAUGUGACAUCACAACGAGGCUGGAACCUGUGGCAGGAAAUCACCAUUGACAGCAAGUUCCGGGGAAAGUAUAUCUCUGUCAUGCCAUUAGGCAGCAUCCACCUGCAGUUCCACUCCAGUGGGAACCACUAUGUGUGGAGCAAGAUCACCUCCACAGUGCACAACAUCAUUGUGGGCAAACUGUGGAUUGACCAGUCUGGGGACAUUGAAAUUGCCAAUCACAGGACCAAGGAGACCUGCCACCUCAAGUUUUCUCCCUACAGCUACUUCUCCAGAGACGUCCCUCGCAAGGUUACAGGGGUAGUGGCCAACAGCGAGGGGAUAGCUCACUACAUCCUGUCAGGCACGUGGGAUGACAAAAUGGAAAGCGCCAAGAUUGUAGAAAGCAGUCGGGGGUGUGGCGGAUCAGAGGGUAAACAGAAGACCGUGUACCAGACCCUCCAACCUAAACUGCUGUGGAAAAAAUACCCUCUUCCGGCUAAUGCUGAGAACAUGCACUUUUUCUCUUCCCUGGCACUGACACUGAAUGAGCUAGAGGACGGAGUGGCCCCAACAGACAGCCGCCUGCGACCUGACCAACGCCUUAUGGAGGCGGGUUUGUGGGAUGAGGCCAACACCCAGAAACAGCAUCUGGAGGAGCGUCAGAGACUAGACAGGAGGAGAAGGGAGGCAAAGGCCACCCAGGCUGUAGAGGAAGGCCAGGAAAUAGAAGGCUACCAGCCACUGUGGUUUGAGAGGAGAACAGACGAUUCUUUGGGAGAGAGCAGUUACGUGUACAGGGGAGGGUACUGGGAGGCCAAGGACAGACAGGACUGGAGCCAAUGCCCAGGGAUCUUCUAAAUCCCCCCCCUCCCCCACACCCCAGACAGUGUGCCCAACCCUAAAAACAUUAAGCACUGAGAUAAACACACUUUCUUCCCCUUUGCUCAUGUACCACUCAGAACAAACAAACUUUUUUUUCUUAACACCUGUGUAUGAAGGUCAAUUUUUGUCAAAAAGAUUUGCAGGUGUAAAACUUAAUAUGAAUGCGACUGUAAUAUGUAAUAUGAUACAAAUCUGUAUUCCGCAUUCAUAUUCAGUUUUAAACUUGCAAAUCUUUUUUACCCUUAUUUACCUUCCUACUGGUGUUUCCCCCAGCUUCACCUUUAUGAGUACUAAGUUUGUGAUCAUUUGUGUAUGUGUGCGUGAUCAAUAGAUUGUGUGUGUCAGAAAGAGGGUGUCAGAGAAACACUUUGCAUGGAUCCAAUAUAAAUUUCACAAGGUUCCUUUGGAAUGGCAGGUGUAGCAAUAGUCAUUUAACAAGUGAAUGCAACUCUUGUGGAGGGAGGGAGGGAAGGGUUGAUGUUAGGAGCCAGUUGAAUGUCCUGUUCUUGGUUUUGAACAAAAAGUUCCUCCUACCUAGAUUGCAGAGGUUUGCAUUCACUCUGCAUUGUGACUGACCAGAGCAACUACUAGAAGGCAGAAAAACAAUAAAAAAAAACUACAGGAAAGACUAAAAACUACAACUUGAAUGGCUCCUGGACAUAGCAAUAUACAUAAGUAAAUAUAGUAAAUAUGUAACAUGAAAUGGGGUGCGUUUGGGAAACUCACCCCAUAUGCUUUGGUGAGU